CCCGCGCGGCGCAUGCUGGGACGGGGGGGCUCCAAAAUGGACAACCACAGGGAUGCGCCAGGAAAAGCCAGCCGCUGGUUCGGCGUGUCCCAGUCCAAGUCGGCCAAGACGAGCGUGAACAUCCUGCAGCAGGAGGAGCUGAUCGCCCAGAAGAAGCGGGAGAUCGAGGCGCGGCUGGAGCAGCAGGCGCGGCAGAAUUCCCUCAGCAUCCCGCAGCUCCCGCUGCUCGGAGAUGACGAUGGCUCUGAGAGCGAGGCCUCCGUGUCCAACAAGUUUGUGAACGAUGGGAGCUUCCUGCAGCAAUUCCUGAAGCUCCAGAAGGAAAAGUCCAAUGCUGAAACUCCUCCGAGUGCCCCCACCGGCUCCGGGAGCGCGCCGAACCCCGGGAAGAGGCCGGCGCUGCUGGGGAAGCGGCCGGGGCAGGCGCUGAGCCGGAUGCUCCAGGCCCGGAGCCUCGCCCAGCCCAGACCCAGCCCCGUCCUGAGCCGCCUCAGCGUCUUCCAGGCCCCCGACGAGGAGGACGAGGAGGAGGAGGAUUACGAGCAGUGGCUGGAAAUCAAAGUUCUGCCCCCAGGGGACGCGGAGGCGCGGCGCGUGGUGGAGAAGCUGGCCCGCUUCGUGGCCGAGGGCGGCCCCGCGCUCGAGAAGGUCGCCAGGGAGGACUACAAGGACAACCCCGCUUUCUCGUUUUUGCAUGAUAAGAACAGCAGAGAAUUCCUUUACUACAGGAAGAAAGUGGCAGAAAUAAGGAAAGAAAAUCAAAAUUCCCAGGCAGCUUCUUCCCAAAAAGUUUCCCCCCCAGCCGAGCAGGAGACGCGGGAAUGCGCGGAGACGCUGGCGCAGGCGGUGGCGGCGGGGGGGCCCGAGGUGGAGAGCGCGGCCCUGCAGGGCAACAGGGACAACCCCGCCUUCAGGUUCCUGUACGAGCCCCACAGCAAAGGGCACCGCUACUACCGCCAGAAGCUGGAGGAGUUCCGCAGGGCCCGGGCUGCCCCCGGGAAUUCCCCUUUUCCUGGGAAUUCCGCUUUUCCCGGGGGCUCCCCUUUUCCCGGGAAUUCCACUUUUCCCGGGAAUUCCCCUUUUCCCGGGGAAUCCGGCCUCAAGAGGAAAACCAGUCCCGAGGCCUCCCCCUCCCCUCUGUGCUUCCCUCCCCUCCCUCUGCCCGUCCCCGUCCCGGCGCCUCCGGCUCUGCCCCUUCCCUCUCCCGUUGUUCCCGCUGCUCCUCCCGCGCCCUCGGCCUCAUCCUCCUCCGCCUCCCCUGCGGAUCAUCCCAUCCCGAAUCCGGCCGCGGCCCCGGAUCCCGGGAUCCCAAAUCCCGCCGCGGGCAGCUCCAAGAAGAAGAGGAAGAGCCGGUGGGGGCCGGAGGAGGAGAAGGUGGAGCUGCCCCUCCCGCAGCUGGUGCAGCAGCUGGAUUCUCCCUCUCCCCUCUCAGUUCAGGACCUGAAGGGUCUGGGAUACGAGAAGGGCAAACCCGUGGGAUUGGUGGGAGUCACGGAGCUCUCCGAGGCGCAGAAGAAGCAGCUGAAGGAGCAGCAGGAGAUGCAGCAGAUGUACGACAUGAUCAUGCGGCACAAGCGGGCGAUGCAGGAGAUGCAGCUGCUGUGGGAGCGGGCGCUGCAGCAGCACCAGCACGGCUACGACAGCGACGAGGAGGUGGACGGCGAGCUGGGCACCUGGGAGCACCGGCUGCGCCGCAUGGAGAUGGACAAGACGCGCGAGUGGGCGGAGCAGCUGACGCAGAUGGGCCGGGGCAAGCAUUUCAUCGGGGAUUUCCUCCCGCCCGACGAGCUGGAAAAAUUCAUGGAGACCUUCAAGGCGCUCAAGGAGGGCCGGGAGCCGGAUUAUUCCGAGUACAAGGAAUUCAAGCUGACGGUGGAAAACAUCGGAUACCAAAUGCUGAUGAAAAUGGGAUGGAAGGAGGGAGAGGGAUUGGGAUCCGACGGACAGGGAAUUAAGAAUCCUGUCAGCAAGGGCACCACGGCCCUGGACGGGGCGGGAUUCGGGAUCGAGCGCCCGGCGGAGCUGACCAAGGAGGACGACGAGUACGAGGCGUUCCGGAAACGCAUGAUGCUGGCGUACCGCUUCCGGCCCAAUCCGCUGAACAACCCACGGCGACCUUACUACUGAGGAGGGCUUUUCCCAGCAGCUUUCCUGGGAAUUCUGAUCCCAAACUUCAUCAUCCAUCUCUUUUUUUUUUCCCCCCGAUAUUAUCCGGGUUUUUUGGAAUCACAGCUCCUCCCUCCCCCCCCCCCGGUAAAGCUUUCCCGGAUUUUUUUGGGAGGGAUACCGGGAGGGUUUGGAGCAGCCCCAAAAAUCCCCCAGCGACUCCAAUCCCCAGGAAUUUGGGAUUUUUUGGGAAUGGCAGACCUCGUGCUGCUCCAGGAGGGGAGGGGAUGGGAUUUCAUUCCCUGACUUCAUCUUGGAAUCCCAAAUCCAAGAGGUUUUGGGGAAUUUGGGGAAGCAGUGCCUCCAUGGGGGGACCUGGCACGGCUCCCUUGGGAAUCCCGGGAUUUUGGGGAUCCCUUCCCAGGGAUUUCAUUUGCCAACGCCUCCUGUGCUUUGGGAUGACGGAAGACCCAAAAUUCCAAAGCCGCGCUUUGGGAAAAGUCCAGCAAAAAAAUCCCGGCACCGCGCUUUGGAAAAACCCAGUUGGAUUUUGUUGUCCUGGAACGGGAAAAAGGAAACAAAAAAAAACCUCUGGAAAAAUGAAUUUUCUUCACGAAGUCUGUAAAUAAAAUCAAACUUGUUUGUUCCUUCGCUUCAA